ACGGGGUCAACUCGCGAUCAAGAAGACGAGUGGCCUAAGCUAGUGACCUGCAUUGCACACUUAGGAGGGGUGCUUAGCUUAAGGUCUCCCCAUGUGGGAGAGCCUGCGUCAUUAUUUGUGGCCGUGGGGGCCUGCGUUCGCGCGGCCCCUCCCAUUUACUCAUAGUUUAAUUUUGUUUGAUGAUCAAAGCAAAUGGGGAUGAAGUUAUGUUAAGGUUGGAACUAGCUUGAAGACAACUGCAAAAUUCUUGAAAAAAAAUGGUAUCUUUUGACUUUGUUCCUAUGUGUGACGUACGCGCCUUCGACUUGCAGAUCUAAUCUUCUUCUCGAGGAUUUCCUCCCCAUCACUUUCGAUCAUCCAAUCUCCUUAUUCUUUUUUCCAUUAAAGUUUAUCACAUUUCACAUAUGUACAUAAAGUUACGAAAUAAAAAUAAGAAUUAAAGCGAAACCACUCGAGAAGAAAACGUUUACAACUCUCCCACGGUCUCUGUUACUUUCUUUUCAUUUCCCCUAUCGUCUCUCGACUCUGCAGAAAAAAAAGAUGUGGUUUUUUGGAUCGAAAGGAGCAUCUGGAUUCUCGUCUCGUUCCACUGCAGAAGAAGUCACACAUGGAGUUGACGGAACUGGCCUCACUGCCAUAGUCACAGGAGCAUCAAGUGGUAUAGGAGUAGAGACAGCUCGUGUUCUUGCACUGCGUGGUGUGCACGUGGUCAUGGCGGUGAGGAACACUGGCUCUGGUGCUAAAGUUAAGCAAGAUAUUGUCAACAAAGUCCCUGGUGCUAAACUCGACGUCAUGGAGUUAGAUCUCAGCUCAUUGGAAUCCGUCAGGAAAUUUGCAUCUGACUACAGAUCUGCUGGUCUCCCACUUAACCUCUUGAUCAACAACGCUGGGAUAAUGGCAUGUCCUUUUAUGCUCUCUAAGGACAACAUCGAGCUGCAAUUCGCAACCAACCAUUUAGGUCAUUUUCUGUUGACCAAACUUCUGCUAGAUUCAAUGAAGAACACAUCACGUGAAAGCAAAAGAGAAGGAAGGAUUGUUAAUCUUUCAUCAGAAGCUCAUCGGUACACUUACUCGGAAGGAGUCCGUUUUGAUAAGAUCAAUGACAAGUCAAGUUACAGUAGUUUCCGAGCUUAUGGACAAUCUAAACUGUGCAAUGUAUUGCACGCCAACGAGCUUGCAAAGCAACUGAAGGAAGAUGGAGCCAAUAUAACAGCAAAUUCACUUCAUCCUGGAGCCAUUAUGACAAAUCUCGGGCGCUACUUUAAUAGCUAUUUGGCUGGAGCUGUUGGUGCAGUGGCUAAGUAUGCGCUCAAGACUGUUCCACAGGGGGCGGCAACAACUUGCUAUGUGGCAUUGAAUCCUCAGGUAACAGGAGUUACAGGAGAAUACUUCUUAGAUAGCAACAUUGCUAAACCAUUACCACUUGCCAAAGAUUCUGAAUUGGCCAAGAAGGUUUGGGACUUCAGCACUAAGCUUACCGAUUCGCAAUCAGGAGAAAGCAGUUCUUGAAAGUUAGUAGAUAUUCUGUGAACCACAAAGUUUUCACGUUUCGAUAUCUCAAAUUGUGAUACUUAUUUCAAUCUUUGUCAGAGGAUUUAAAUGUAUAACAAAUCUGAAUCAUUUCAGCUCUGCAAAAGGUUGUUUAGUUCACUUUCAAACCGGUUUGGUUCUUCAAUUUCACCAAAAGGUAAACAAAUCUGUAUACAAUUAUGAAUUAUCAGAAGCCACGAGGAG